AUGAGCACCGAGAGCGCCUGGCGAAUAGGCCUGUUCCUCAUAGCAGCCACCGCCGUCUACACAUUCCUAUGCAGAGUGACCGGCAAAUCCCUCUUCAACAGAAUAUCCUCACGCGGCCGCAAAGACUCAACAGCAAAAACCCCGCCGCGAUCAUUCUCACCAGACACAAAAGAACCCAAAAGCGCUACCUCGCCUCCAACUUAUAACCAUGUCCUUCCACCGUUGCGUAGGGAAUCGCUGCUCCAGUUGAAAGGAGCUGCUAUACCCUGGUGCGAGGUGGAUGAGGUCGACAUGCAGAAGAACAUGUUGCCGAUGACUGCAAACUAUAGAACCAGCUCUGGAAAGCUGUACACCCCGACUGGAUUCUCGGUAGAUGAUAUCAGAAGCCUUGGAGACUUCCCGAACUAUGCAGCACUCAGUGGAGUGCCCCUGCCGAGUGCGUAUCCUGAGCAUGAUAUCAACAAGGCUAUGCCUCGUCCCUAUCGACCUUUCCGAUGGGCGUAUCAUCAGACCAUGUCAUUGACCCGAAUGGAAACGGAUUGGUGGAUCGAGCUCGAAAGUACAUACAAGAGUCGCAUUGCUCAGAGGAAAGAGCUAUACACCAAAUAUGGCAAAGCCGUCCUCGACGCAAUGCCCGGGUCCGAGCUGGCAUGCAAGGAGCUUAUGGAGAUGGUCUUGCAGUAUAUCUGCACUCGAUAUCCACAGCAUUUCACCUUGGUGGAUAAGCGCAUUUUGAGGAACCAUAUCCUCGGCACGGAGCUUGAUGUUAAAGCCAAGCCUCCGUUAGAGAUUCUCCUUGAGAACGUCCCUGAGGAUUUUGCGAUUAUGCUGCGGGAUGACGAGACAGGGUUCUAUUUCCUUCGCGCGGCGGUGAUCUGCUCUGCUCUCGGGUGGAAUGUUGCUUCCAAGAUUGGCAAACGACUGGAUCAGAUUCAUGAUCCGAUUCCGGAUUACAAGGAGAAGAUGCAGUUCUCGAUGGAUCGAUUCUUCACGAAGAUGCCGACUGAAAAGCCUAUUCAGCGUGGAUCUUGGGGUCUUGAGGUAGGCGAGCUGCUAUACAUGCCUCCAGGCGACCCCCAUGCAUCACAACGACUUUGUCAAGAUCAUAAUCUCGGUAUUGAGGAUUGCUCAUUGCGCGUAGACUGGCAGACUCUUCGUCGCCUACCCCUUUCAGCAUCUAUCAUCUUCAACUUCAAGGCGAUUUUCACACCAGUCACUGAAUUUCGUGACGAGCCUGGUGUUCCUGCACUGCUUACGAAGCUCUUGAAAGAAGGCAAGCGGAGUUUAAUGCAGUACAAGGGGACAUGGCAUGUUGAGCAUGUUGUCCUUCCCAAGAUGGAGGAGUGGGCGAAAGAACAAGAGGAGAACAAUGUGGUUCCGAAUGAUUGGGAAGUAGCUACUCUGGACGAAAGUCCGUGGUUUAGAGGCUGGGAAGAGAAGUGGCAUCGCCGACAGGGGUUCUAG